GUUAUAAAUACCAAAAAUAACACACAUCUAACUUCAUCCCAUUAUUUCUUGCUCUAAUACUUUCUAAAAACACCUAAAAGUUUAUAGAAAACUUAGAGCAGGGGCGACUAAAUCAUUUGAAGAACACAACAACAACAACAAAACUCAAAAAAAAUGGCAGGAUACAAAUCAUCUUUGUUACUUGCACUAGUUAUGAUUGCUGGAAUUUCUGAACUUUGUUCAGCUGCAACACACAUAGUUGGUGGUACAACUGGAUGGACUAUUCCAAGUUCUCCUUCUACUUACUCUACUUGGGCUAAUGGUGAAACCUUCGCCGUUGGUGAUGUUCUUGUGUUCAAUUUCACAACCGGGGCCCACACCGUAGCCGAAGUGAGCAAGGCAAACUAUGAUGUAUGCAGCACUAACAGGACCAUUGGCGCCGUCCGCAGCACCGGCCCCGCCAGCAUCACCCUCACCGCCGCCGGAACCCACUACUUCCUUUGCACCAUCCCCAACCACUGCUCCACUGGUCAAAAGCUCGCUGUGACCGUCACCGGACCCACUGGUUCCCCCGCCUCUUCACCCGCCCCUGCCGGUGGUGCUUCCGCCCCCUCUGGUGGUGCAGCCACCCCCGCCGAAGGUCCCACCACCCCAUCUGGCACCCCCACCGUCCCCGCCGCCGGUUCCCCUGCCGCCGAUGGUCCCGGAAGUUCAUCCCCCCCCGGCAACUUCGCCGCCUCUACCAGUGUUAGCAUGUUGAGCUUAGUGUCUGUUGGUGUUGCGGCUUUGAUGUUCUAGAGAUGAUUUUUGUUGCAUUAUUUUUACAUGUUUUUGGGUGUUAUUAUUUAUUUACUCCUUUUUUUUUAAAUUUCGUUUAUUAUUAACGAAUUAAUUUUUUAUCAUGUUAUGGUCUAUAUAUAUUUUUGGUAGUUCUUUGUGUAAUAAUAAGGGCUGAUUUUUCAUCCAUCAGCCUUUGUUUUAUGGUACAUUUGUUCGGUAUAAAUAUAUUUUUCUUCUCAUCAUGAUGAGUUUAAAUUUCAA